AUGCUACACAAAACACAGGAGCACGGGACAGAACUUUCUGAGCUGCUGUCAGCUAUCAGUGGGGCAGCCAUGGAGGGUCAUGCAGAACCAUCUGGAGGUGCUAGCUUAGCUCAUAAAUCAGUCAGUUUGCAUCCUGGGAACGUGAAGGACAGGGUUGUAAAGCAAAUGAAGAGCAUGCUCCUUUUCCUAAUUUUGCUGGGAGCAGUAUCUGGAAGAAGAAUCCAGUUGCUUAAGGGCUUACCUGCAACAAGCACUGUUGAAGAAAACUCAGCAKCUGGUGUUUCAGUCUAUGACUUCAACGUGACUGUUUCUCCAUUGGCUUCUGGAGGCGUUGCAAUUCUUCCUACCAUAGUAAAUUCAAAUCCACUUACGGAAGCUUUUGACAUUGAGUCAAAAGGAGGUCUUGAAUACAGGGUUGUUACCACUGGAAAACCUGUCCUAGAUUAUGAAACGAUGCCAAAGAGCUUUGAUUUGCAGAUUUUUGUUGAAGAUACAACUGGAAGAACUGACCUUAAAGUAUUGACUAUUCAAGUAACAGAUAAAAAUGAACAUCCAGUAUUUCGAGGAAAUAUGGCAAUUCAAACUGUGACCAUCUAUGUGUUGGAAGGGACACCUCCAGAACGCAUUUACCAAGUUGAUGCAGCUGAUCCUGAAAAUGCAAAACUCAGAUAUUCACUGCUCCCUGCAACAGUACCAUUCUUGAUCAGGGAAAGUGGAGCCAUUUUUUCCACAAAAGAAUUUGAUUAUGAGAAAGAUCCACAUUGUUACUUUUUAAAUAUAACAGURACAGAUCCAGAUGGACUCAACUCAACUAAAACAGUGAAUAUAAAUAUAAUUAACAUCAAUGAUGAAAGACCUUACUUUACCAUAAAACAAAGAAUCUACAGGAUUCCAGAGGAGCAAAGCCCGGSCACCAUUGUUGCCAAUAUAACGGCUAAAGAUCCUGAUGAUGAAGACUCUUCCAGCAGACUUUUCUACAGCAUCCAAUCAUCUGACAGAUAUUUCUCCAUAAAUCCAGCCACUGGAGUGCUCCAGGUAACCAGGAGAAUCGACCGGGAUGCGCUCCCACUGCGGCUCCAUCCGAACAUCUCCCUGCUCGUCUGGGUGGAGGACAGCCCCAGCAGUGGCCACCUCAGUGAAAUGGAGAUCACAAUCAUUAUUGAUGAUAUCAAUGACAACCCACCAGAAUGCAAUCCCUCUGCCUUCAGGAAAGAAGCAAAUGAAAAUACAGCUCCUGGGACAUCGCUUGUUCAUCUUAGAAAUUACUGUAAAGAUAUUGAUGUUGAUCCAUCAAACAACCAAUUUGGUUUCACUGGAUUAUCUGGUUUUGGAAGCAAUAACUUUGCUCUGGAGUCCACUGUGUCUGGAAGACUUGUGAUGACUGGAACUAUUGAUUUAGAAAACCCAUCUAAUCGAGGAGUUGAACUUUAUACUUUGACUGUCAGGGUGCAAGAUAUUGCCCAUCCUAACUACUCAAAUAUCAUCUACAUUUACAUCAGAAUAAGACCCGUGAAUGAAUUUUUUCCAGUUUUCAGUAAUUUAUCUUAUGUAUUUAGAGUUUCAGAAGUUACUAAAGUUGGAUCCAGCAUUGGAAGAGUGCAUGCCAUAGACAAGGACUUGCCACCCACUCUCAUCACUUACUCCAUUAUAGCUGGAGCAGGCACAAGGGACUACACAAAUAUCUUCUGGAUCAGCCCAACCAAAGGAGAUGUGAGAAUUUUAGCWAGAUUAGACUACGAAACAACUCAGAAACAUAUUUUCACAGUACAGGCUUCAGACCAAGAGAAGUCUACCACAGCCUCAGUAACUGUGAAUGUUUUGGAAGUAAAUGAUGAAGAACCAGUUUGUUCACCCAAUUUCUACUCACUUCAAAUCCCAGUCAGCUUAGCUGUUGGGACCAAUAUUAAUGGCUUCAGGAUUGAAUGUCAAGAUCGUGAUUCUGAUCCCAGGUCUUUCCGUUACUUCAUUAAUGAAGGAAAUGAGAACAGUCAUUUCACGUUUUCACCAAGUGCUGGCUCCAACACAUCUCGGCUGAUUCUUGCAUCAAGGUUUGACUAUGAGAGUGGAAUUGAUACAAACUGGAUUUACAGUCUGCGUGUCUACRUAACAGACGACAAUUUACUGUCUGMCAGGGACAAAACUACACGCUUAAUUAAAACUGGGACGGUGACUUUAAGCAUCAGAGUCAUCCCAAACCCAACUACUGCCACUACCAGUACGCCUGGCUUCACUCUUGUGACAAAAAGAGAAAACAUCUACUCUGGCUCAGCGUGGUACGUGCCCUUCGUCAUCACCCUGGGCAGUUUGCUGCUCCUCGGACUGCUGAGCUACCUGGGGCUGCUGCUGCUGGCGUGGCUCCGUGCCCACUGCCCUCCGGCUGGGACAGCACAUGGCACACCUCUGAUAAAUGCUCCAGAAAAGAAGAAGCCUAAGAAAGAAGUGAUUUUGAUGACAAAGCUAAACACUGUCUUUGAUGGAGAAGCCAGAGACCCAGUUACUGGCAGAAUGUACGAAUUCAAUACACGGUCAGGGGCCCGGAGGUGGAAGAAGAGCCAUGAGCCCCUUCAGCCAGCGCUGGCUGUGCCGGUGACAUCCAGUGCCACAGACAGCAGUGGCCAAGGGACAGAUAGAGCAGAGGCACCAAGCAAAAAGGAGCCUUCAGAGAAGAGGAAAGAGCUGACUGCAGCCACAAAACCAGCUGCCAAGCCUUCAGCAGGGCAAUCAGAAACACCAGGCCAGGCUGGGUUGAGACUGCAGAAGAGCAAAGAGGAGUCUGAGAACAGGGGGUUAUCCUCACCAACCCCUGAAGGCAGGAACUGACCUCCUCUCCCAAAACAAACAAACUCUGCUUUUCUAUUAAGCUGGAGUGCAUGAGACUCCAAGGCACCUCCCAACUGACCCYUGAUCUGAGCAGCCAAAGAAUAAGAUGUGAUUUUUCUCUCUAUCUCAGCUGUAAAACAAAAGGUGGCCAUAAGGUGUGUAAACCGGACCCAAAGGCAGGAUGAAACUGGAUGUACUUUUGCCAGGUGCAUGUAAGGGCAGAAGAGGAGGAAAAGAAGUAAAGUCAUGGGCAGAAGCAUUCAGUGGUCACUGCCUCCUACAGAUGCUGGCAGUUUCCUCUGAGAAGAGCUCUGCACCUCCAGCAGGCACGGCCACAUCCUCUGACUGCCUUUGGGCAUGGCAGCGCACACUGAUGUGCUUUUCUCACCAGUGAAUGGGAUCUUCUGUCCCUUCUGAACACCCAAAUGUGUGAAAAGCACAUCAGGGUAGAAAUGUUUGCUGUUAAAGCUAAAAAUAUUUUCUUUUCAUUCAGUAUUUUAUUUCAGCCCUUUCUUGCCCUCCCAUAUUGCUGUAGAAAAGACCAAGAAAUGGCUUGAAAGCAGUUCUGGAGCAGCGAAAACCCUCAGCUUCUUGUGAAAUCUCAGGCUGUCAUGUCAACAUUUUCMGCUUAUUUAUCUUUUGUAACACUAACAGCAUUCAAUAUCUUCACCUUUGGUAUUUCCUCUGGCAGAUUUAAUGCUUUACRGAAUCAAGUGGAACAUACUCAAAGGAAUAAUGACAGUAAACACACGAGGUGAAAUAAUCUUUUCUGAGUGUAAGCAUGUAUAAUGUAAGUGCUGUCUAAGAACCUGAUACAAAACAAGCAAACUCUACAAGAUUUUAUAAAAUUAUUUUAAUCUGAAGAAAAAUAAUUAUAAAUGAUGGCUUAAUGCUCCAUGUCUUGACUUGUUUUCUUUCCUGAUUGCAAAGAAGUUUUUUUGACCUCAAGGGACUGAUAUCAGGUGGCAAAAGAAAAUCUUGGUUUAAGUUGAGCAGGGGUGGCCAAUGAAGAUUUUAUUCAGUCUGUCACAUACCGACUGAAUAUUAUACAUUUGAAGGCAUAUCCUGUGUUGAAGGAUACCUGAAGGACCUGGAUGGAGAAAUCCACAGUAAUAUCACCAGGAAUCCUACACAGCACAAAACCACCUGUCAUGGUGCUGAGACUCUUUGCUGUGUUCCAAAGGAGUGGCUUGGCUUGGGAGCAGCUUCCCUAACAAACACCAAUCAUCUUCAKUCAAAUGCCAUUUCAUUGCACAAUCAGAAACCCAGCAUGUAAUGAACACCACAACGACAGAGAUAGGAAAGAGUAAUUUAUACCCUCUGAGUAUGUUAUCAUUUACUGUGUCCAUGGCAGUUGUCAUAGCUUUGUUUGAGCCUCCAGCACCGACAGGGCCAGCCACACAUUCAGUGCUCCGACCCACCCUUGUUUGCAUUUGUUAGCUGUAAAUAUAACACAUUCAAUUUCUGUGCAGGUGGUUUUGCAGGGACAUAGAGAAACUCUGCAGUGACUGAUAAUAUUGCUGUAACUCUAAUUUUCCUAGAACACUAACACCAAGCUGCCCAUAGGCAUGUCUGGCACCUACAGACCUUAAAUUUUGUUACCUGAAGAAGUUAACUGCAUUAUUUUCAUGACAGGAAGACACACAAGCAUUUGURCUUACUUUCCUGGGCAUUUCCCUAGGGCUGCUGCUUUGCUUCCUUGAUUAUUCUCAUUCUGCUUCAGUG